AGCUAGGGGUUUGAGACGGCGGCCGCCAUGAGGCUUGUUGCUCCGCUUGUUCUUCAUCCUCGUGACUCAUGUUAUCAUGUAUUAUUUGAUCGAGGUUUGUGAGCUAUUCUUCUCGCCGAUCUGUUUCUUCGUCGAACAUAUUGAAAAAUUUCCUUCCUUUUUGCAUACUUGCUCUUUCAUCUGCUCGUUUCGAAAGCUUUUCUUCGACUUGGUGUUAUGCUUCUGUACAUGCAUUUUUCAUUGAGGCAUUCUCUGCGAAAAUAGAUCUUUUGUUCAGAUGGAACAUCAGGCAAACCCUAAUUUUUCAUCGGGUGUCUCGACAAUUAACUCUGCUCACAUCCUAUCUACGAACUGCAUGUGCUCGAUUUAUCGAUUUUUCCGUGCUUGAUUUCUUCGUGUUCGUUGCCAUUUUGCAUCUGGGUUUCUUCCACUGCAUUUGAAGGCGGGAUAAUGCGUAUCGGCGUUGUGCUCUCAUACAACGCAUUUCUCACUGAAAGUGGUUCCUGUAAAAGCGAUUUUUGGGGGAUAAUGGACAUCUGACAAACCCUGAUUCUUCAUUGGUGUCUCGACAAUUUAUUUUUCGCAUUCUGAAGCAAUGGAUGUCUAAUUAUGGUUGCUAUUUUGUCAUGGCUAUGAAUCUUCUCAUUUUGGCUCGGAUUCUCUCUUGCUGUUGUUUGUGUUAACAAUUACUGGUUAUGGAUGCCCGAUGAUGGAAAAUCUUACAACUUUAGAGGUUUUUAUGUUCUUCCAGUGUUGAUCACUUCUUCUUCUUCUUCUUCUUCUUCUUCUUCUUCAUCAUCAUCAUUAUGCACGUGAAUGUGAUCAAUCUGGAAAUUCAUAUACCAAGCCUCGAUGAUUCUGAAAAGCUAUGAGAUCUGAGGGCCACCUGCAUUGAUUUUCUUGAAUUAAACAUGUUGGUCCAGUAAAUUGCUUGCAUGAAAAUUUUAAAAACUCGUAUUUCAUUGGUUUAUCCAUGCUAUUUCUUAUCUUUUUUGUUUUUGUUUUUAUGAUGCAAUUUUACCAAUGCUUUUUGUAUUUAAAUUCGUUUCUCAUUUUGUUUUGGUGAAGAACAACUGUAAAUCAUGUUUUUUUUUAAACAAUAACCGUCCCUUGCGAGAAUUCGGCCUUCUCAUCGCCCAUGGCGAGUGGCGACGUCGCCUUCGAUACAAUCUAUGCGAAGGCGACGCAGCAGACAGAACAACAAGACAAAGCUACGCUUCUUCCCCGGGAGAACCAAUGACCGGCGCUUGCUUCCUCCUCUCUAUAAAAUCACACUUCCGCUGCCCAAUUCAAUCAUCAAGCAUUUUGACAUCUUCAAUCCAUGGCGGAGGUGAAGCUGCUCGGGAAAUGGCCGUGCCCCUACGUGCUGCGCGCGAGGGUGGCCCUGCAGCUGAAGAAAGUAGAGUACGAGUAUCUGGAAGAAGAGUUAGGCGGCAAGAGUGAGCUCCUCCUCAAAUCCAACCCCGUCCACAAGAAAAUCCCCGUCCUCAUCCACCGCGGUCGCCCCCUGUGCGAAUCCCUCAUCAUCGUUCAGUACAUUGAUGAGGCUUGGCUAGCGGCGCCCAGCCUCCUACCUGCGAGCGCCCACGACCGUGCCUUCCACCGUUUCUGGGCUGCCUACUUCGAUGACAAGUUGUCACCAUUGCUGACUCGACUGCGAAACGGGGAACGAGGCAGAGCCAAUGAAGAAGCGGCUGAAGGGGUUAAGCUUUUAGAGGAAGCCUUUGUGAGGUUGAGCGAGGGGAAAGGGUUCUUUGGCGGUGACGAGAUCGGCUACCUCGACAUCACGAUUGGAUGCCACUUGGGAUGGAUACGGGUGACGGAGAGGUUGAUGGGGUUCAAACUGAUUGAGGAGGCGAAGGUGCCGGGGCUGGCGGGUUGGGCGGAGAGGUUCUGCGCGCACGAGGCGGUGCAGGGGAUAAUGCCGGAGACGGAGAAGCUGAUGGAGAUCUUCCAGUUGGCCCAAAUUCACAUGAAACGGUCUAAAAGAUAAUUUUUAGUAA